CUCUUAGCCAUUCACCUUCCUGACAACAUGAAGUCCAGAAACUUCUUGAUCCCAGUGGUGGUACUUCUUGUCCUUGGGACGCUGGUGGCACAGGCAGCUGUCGUAAAAGGUCAAGGCACUAUGAAAGGCAAUGUUCUGAUCAAAGGACAAGAUCCAGUCAAAGGUCAAGAUCCAGUCAAAGGACAAGAUCCAGUCAAAGGUCAAGAUCCAGUCAAAGGACAAGAUCCAGUCAAAGGUCAAGAUCCAGUCAAAGGACAAGAUCCAGUCAAAGGACAAGAUCCAGUCAAAGAACAAGAUCCAGUCAAAGUCCCAUUCCUCACUAAGCGUGGCUUCUGCCCCAGGAUUCCGAUCCGGUGCCACUUGUUAAAUCCCCCUAACGAAUGUUUGAGAGAUGCUCAUUGCUGGGGAGCCAAGAAGUGCUGUGUGGGCUAUUGCGGGAACGUCUGUCUGUAUCCCCUGUGAGGUGGAGUCUGUUCUUGCUGCACCUGUGAAGUCCCCAGGGAUGCAGAUCCUGGUGCCUGUAGCACCACCCUCUCCCACACUGCCCAUUCUUCCUUUCAUCCAGGGUGCCCAAACCUGGGAUGCCUCUCUCAUGGACUUUCCAAUAAAAGACCAAUUUCUACUC